AUGGAGCCUUCUGAAGAACCUAGUCAGAUUAGCAAAGAUAACUUUUUAGAAGUUCCUAGUUUAUCUGAUUCUCUUUCUGAAGAUGAAGAAGUUAAAGCUACCUUCAGACCUGGAUUCUCCCCACAACCUAGCAGACGAGGUUCUGAUUCAUCUGAAGACAUUUACCUGGACUCUCCACCAUCAGGUGCAAGAAGAGUUUCAUUUGCUGACACCUUUGGAUUCAAUCUUGUGUCUGUUAAAGAAUUUGAUUCCUGGGAAUUACCGAGUGGUUCAACUGAUUUUGACUUAAGGAAGGACGUUUUCCACACAGAAGAAUAUGUUUUAUCCCCACAAUUUGGCUUGCCUUCUUCAAAAGAAGAUCUUAUGCAACAACUUCAAGUACAGAAAGCGAUACUGGAAUCAACCGAGUAUCCUCCUGGAUCUACAAGUAUGAAGGGCAUUAUUCGAGUUUUGAAUAUUUCUUUUGAGAAGUUAGUAUAUGUGAGAAUGUCCUUAGAUGACUGGCAGUCAUAUUAUGAUAUAUUAGCAGACUAUAUCCCAAAUUCAUGUGAUGGUGAAACUGACCAGUUCUCCUUUAAGAUAUCAUUGGUUCCUCCUUAUCAAAAAGAUGGCAGUAAAGUUGAGUUUUGUAUACGUUAUGAAACUUCUGUUGGUACAUUUUGGUCAAAUAAUAAUGGCACAAAUUAUGUAUUGGUUUGUCAAAAGAAAGAACAAGAGCCGGAGCCUGAAAAACUACAGGAAGACGUUCCUAAUAGACAAAUAAAAGGCUGCUUAAAGGUAAAAUCAAGUAAAGAAGAAUCAUCGGUAACAUCAGAUGAGAAUAACUUUGAGAAUUCAAAGGUUACAGAUAUCUAUGUCCCAACAAUUGUUUGUUCUCAUGAGGACAAGGAAGAUUUGGAAACCAGUAAUCAAAACGUAAAAGAUGUAAACAGGGAACAGGAUGAACGUAAUGAAAAAGAAUUAGAGCCGAUGAUAAACCAACACUUGCUAAGAAGUUCUGCUUCUGGAGAUGAAAAGAAUACAGUCAAUUUUCCAAAUAACGCUGAGAGAUUAGAGAAGAAGCAAGUCCAUGAUGAUGUGUACACUGACUUGUUUAAAAGGCCUUUGUCUUCAAGUUCAUCGGCAGAAAGAUCCUUAAAGGGAGAUUUUUACCACAAGGAAAAUUAUUUCUCAGGAAAUGAGCACACUUACCCACCUUCAGAAGAAUUUACUUCAGACACAGGAGAAGUCAAGCUGUCACUGGGAAAUACUAGCAGUGAUGAAGUAGUACAGUUAUAUAGUGGCAGCAAAGAACUGGAUGAUAAUGCUAAUCCAGCCAAAGUGAGAGGCAGAAUGCAAAUGUCUUGUCCCUCUGCAGACCAACUAAUGGCAGACAACCUUAACAAAAAACCUGAAGGAGAAGCUAAAGAAAUUGCAGUAAAAGAUUGGGAAUGUUUAAGAGGUGACUUUCACUUGGAUUUCCAUUCAGAAAAAUUGACAGAAAAAGGAUCUUCCAAGAAAGAUUAUGGCAAUGGUAAGAAUGAGGAGGAGGAGCAAAGAAUAUUCUUAGGUGUUAAUGAAAAACAAAGCAAACGUUUUCAAUCAGUCUUACAUGACCAAGAAAGAAAGACGAGCCACUCUGAAAUAAGUGAGGAAGGGAUGGGAGCCAGUAACAGAGACCUAACUGCUCUGCCGAGUAAAGACACUGCAACUCAUGACCAGUCAAUCAGAGCAGAUACGUUUCAUUCACCAAGGACAAAUCUAAGCCUGGAGGAAACUGUGUCAGCAACCUCAGACUGUGAUCUCUUGGCUAGCAAAGUCACUACUCUAGGAGGGAUGCCUGGUCAAGCUGGUUCACCAAGAAAUGGAAAUGUUUUGAGGAAUAAGUACCUUUUCCAAGCUGAAGAAGAAAAAUCAGUUUGGAUUAAUCCUGAAGAUCAGAAUAAGAACACACAGCAUAAACAAAGUUGGAAUGUUCUGGAAAGUCAGGAAAGAGCAAGAGGGAGUAAGACAACUAUAACAGAGCAGUCCAUAGAAAAAGCAGAUUGUGAAGACAUGUGGGGGAAAAGAGAUGAUACAAGGAGCUUGAAAGCUAAUCUUACAGAAGAAUUGUUUACCUGCCAAGAAACAGCAAGCUGUGAACUGUCUUCUCUAGCUGAUCAUGGUAUUACUAAGAAAGCAGAAGCAGGUACAGCUUAUAUAAUUAAGACAACAUCGGAAAGUACUCUAGAAUGCAUGUCUGCUAGAGAAAAAGCAAUAAUUGCUGAGCUACCUCCAGAGACAGCACAAAGUGACAGGCCCAUCGAAGUAAAGGAAACAGCGUUUGAUCCACAUGAAGGGAGAAAUGAUGAUUCACAUGAUACCCUUUGUCAACGAGAUACAGUAGGUGUAAUCUAUGACAACGAUUUUGAAAAGGAGUCAUGUUCAGGUAUUUGUAAUGUACACGCAGAUGAAAAGGAGAAGGAAGAAACCAUAGCUAUGUACAACCCUGGGAAGACACAUGACAGGAAGAAAUGUGUCACUGGGAAUACAACAUCUGUAGAAGAAUCCUCACAGGUCAUUACAGACAAUCAAAAAGCAGCCUCAAAACUAGGUUUACAUUUGGGAAUGUUACCAACAGACAAAAAAGUAUUUCCAGAAAAUAGAGAUCCCGAGCAGGUCCAAGAAUUAUCAAAGAAAACAAUUACAGAUGUCACUAUUCAUUCUUCUUUAAACUCAGACACUAAUAGAACUUCUCAGAAUGGCUCUCAGGUUUCCAAUCACCAUGCUAAAAGUUCAGUGUCCUCUCAUGAACAGGCCACUACUAUAGAGCAUGCAGUUACUACCAUGCCUCUCCAAUCUAUUUCUUCUAAAUCAGAAUUUAAUUGUAAUCCAACAAGUGAAAUCCAGGGUACUGAAAAGCACUCUCAUCCUGCAUCUCCACUGGAAGAAGUUUCCAAAAGUUCAGGAAUAGUGACAUCAGAUAGUACAAAGGAAAGAUGUAUAGGCCAGAUUGUCAAACAAGGGGAACACAGUGUGGAGAAACCUCUAGGGCCAACGAUUUUAAUCAGUGAAGCUUCUGAGAACAUAGAAGGGGUAAGGCAUGAAAAUGAAGGAUUAAUAAACUCUGGACAAUCACUGUACUCUUCAGGCAACAAGGAAUCUGACAGCCCUGCUUCUGAUAGUCUCCCUGCCCAGGAAAGUCAAUCUCAAAGUGAAUCUCUGCUUUCAAAAUACAUCAACUCUAAAGUACCUUACUUCCUUUUGUUUCUGAUAUUUCUUGUAACCAUCUAUCAGUAUGACUUAAUGAUUGGCCUGGCAUUCUACCUUUUUUCAUUGUACUGGCUAUCCUGGGAAGGGGGAAGACAAAAAGAGUCUGUCAAAAAGAAGUAACCUCAGCACUAUCAUUACUCUCUCUUAAAAGAUAAGCUAUUUAGCCCCAAACAUUUGGAUUGGUGAAAGAGACUAUUCAUUGUUCAAAGCGCCAGUGCAGUUUUUCUCUUGAAGGAUCAUUUAAAAAGGAAUGCGUAUGAAGUUUGCUCCUUCAUAUAAGUAAUUAUUCUAUAUAGGACCAUUAUAUUUGGAUCAUUAAAUACCUAUAUGAAUAUGAGAUCUGAAGCACGUCAAGUUGAAAUUAGGUACAGCUGUUGCUCCUUAGCAGGCUAUGAAGUUUCAAUGCUUCAUGUCUCUUCACUACUUAAAGUGCCAUUUCUUGCAUUCAUUUCUUUUGCAGUAAAGCUUCAUUUUUUUCCCUGAGCGUAUUUUUCCCUCUGUGGUUUUUAAAAAUAGAUAAAACAUGGACAAUGACAGAGGACUCUUUUUGGUCUUUGAAUAUUGACUAUGAAAUUUGCAUUUACCACUGUAUCACUUAUCAGCACAUUCUGAUAAAUCAAAUCUUUCAACUUUAAGUUCAUAUUUUUAAGAACAACAUCCAAGCAUAGAUUUAAGUUGAAGAAACACAUUGUGUACCUGAAUAACAAUACACAUGUAUACGUUUUAUCUCCUGCAUACCUACAAAGUCAGGGCAUUUGUAAGCCAAAUUUGACAAAGACCGAAGCAAUUAAGAGAUGAUCUUUCAGUUUUACAAAAUUUGGGGGAUGGCCUUUCUUUAAGCAAUAUUUUUUCUCUUUUAAAGGAAGAUUAUGUAACACAGUUGAACAACUUUGACGUCAACUAUUAUUCAGAGCUGGAAAUUUAAAUGAAAAGUUCCACAAGCAUUGCUUCAGAGUGAAUUUGUACCUAUAAAGCAUUAAAUGAUAAUAAUUAAAAAAAGAUUU